CAAUAUGGCUCUAGUCUCUAAUCAAGAACUCAAAGAAGAAAUCAAAAUUCUUAUUGAUCAAUUGCCAAAAGAAGAAGAAGAUGAAGAAGAAUUUUUUGAGAUAGAUUUGGAAUUAGUGAAUAAUUAUUUUUCAACACCCAAUAAUUAUAAUUGGGAAAGCUAUUUUAGAGCAACAACAACUAGUACUUGUACUCUUCUAGCUAAUUGUUUGUUGCCUAUAGCUGAUGUUUCAUGUGCUAUUCCUAUCACAACUAAAGCUUGUGAUGCCUUCAUUUCAUUACCACCAAGUGGUGAUUCACCAUUUUCAAGAUUUUAAGUUUAUGAAUUAUGAGUUCUAAAACAUAGACGUAUUUACUUGGUUCUUAAUGAGUGAUUUAUGUGUAUUGAGUGAAUCGUAAUACAAAAUAUUGAAU